UGUCUGUACGCUUCUUUGGAGGUUACAAGGAUAUCGCACAAUGCCAGCUCUGAAAGAGCAACCGGCGACGUCAACAGCUUUCUUAUAUAAGGGGCCUGCAGACAAGGCAUUCCAAGCUGCUGCUUCAGAGUUGGCGCUCAUUUUAGCCAUAGAUGCUGCGAUGAUCCAGCGCUAGACUGAAGAUAUUCUACUUGGUCAGUCCUCGGUGAAAAUCAGUUUGAAACACACCAUGAAUUUUCAUUAUCUGUUCUUCGCACUCAUCUGCACCGCUCUGUCGUCCGCAAUGGCAAGUGUCUCCUCAGGAUCAUCCUGUGACUUCUCCAGUGUCAACGCUGAAGAUGCGAUUGAUAAGCUUAUCGACAAAUUUCCAGAAUACGAGAUAAUUGGCCCCGAAAAGUACUACCCAGUUUUCGCUGGAUUUGAGAUAAGUGGAUUCAACGUGAGUGGGUUCCACAAGCUGCACCAGUACGGACCCGUGAUGCACUACUGCAGGAACGGUACCCGCCUGGUUCAAGUGGAUUUCAUUAACACUGGCGUCGUCUUGAUCACGACGCCCUGGAAGCACUGUUCUGGAUAUCAAGGCACAUUUAGCCUGCGCUCAAGGCUAUCUCGUUUCACGGUGCAGUUCCACGUGGGCCUAAGCAACGAAGAUGGAGAGACAAAACUUUCUUACCACGGAUCCAUUAUCCCCGUGAUAACUGAGAACAUUCAGGCUGAGGUUGAUGGGGCUGGACGGAACGUAAAUGUGGUUGCCGGAGUUUUGGCAAUGAUGUUUCCCGAAGUAACAAAAAAAAUGUGGAAUCAACAGUUUUACUACCCGUUGAGCCGAGUUUUAUAUCGAGUUCUUAGUUAGACAAGUGAUACUGUUGAUUCCUGUGGAAAAAAUAUACAUUUUAGCGCACUGACAGACAACCGUAUGUCAAGGCGCCUUUUCUAUAAAACUUACGAUUGCUUAAACUAGGAAAAAAGUCUCUUUCAUAACAUGUUUUCACCCCUUUUCCCUCAAUCUCGCUAAUGUGUUUUCCUUCAUUCUUUAACAUUGUUUGCGAUGCGGGUGACCUAAAAAUAAAAUUUUCGUGCCCACUGA